UUUCUCAAUUCUCAAAUUUGUUUCUCUCAAUUGCAAAAACUUAAAGAUAAGUUACUUCUUAAGAACAUGAUAUAAAUAUAUAUUACAUUCUUUAUUAUUAUCAUCAUAUCAUUUAGGUAGAAGAUAUCUUAUGAUAUUUGCGAAAAUGCCCAUGAGGGCUCUGUUAUAGAACGACGUCUUCACACUCCACCAGACUAUCCACGUGAAUCCCGUCCUCCGCCGUCGCCGACCGCCAUGUCCGCCACUCCUCUGCCGCCUCCCUCCAUCCUCUCCUUCACGGACAUGGCGACCAACCUCUCCGAGGUCCACCAGUCCCACGCCCACAUGAUCAAGACCGGCCUCAUCCACUCUCCGGCGGCCGCUGCCCGACUCCUCUCCUCCGCCGUUGCCACCGACGAGCUCCCAGCUCUCGCCUACGCCGACUCCCUCUUCUCCCGCCUCCCCGCCCCAACCUCCUUCGCCUGGAACUCUAUGAUCCGGGCCCAUGCCCGCGCGCCGGACCCGGCGCCCGCCCUCCAGCUCUUCUAUCGGAUGCUCCACUCCCCCACCCGACCCGAUAAAUACACAUUUCCCUUUGUCCUCAAGGCCUGCGCGGCCCUUCCCGAAGCCUUCCAGAUCCACGCCCGGAUCCUCAAAACCGGGUUCGGGUCCGACAUCUUCGUCCUUAACACACUACUCCACACCUACGCUAUCAAUGGACUUACGGCAGAGGCACUCAAGCUGUUUGCUAGAAUGCCUCAGAAAGAUGUAAUCUCCUGGAAUGCUAUGAUUAAUGCCUUUGUAACCCAUGGCUUGGUUGGUCGAGCACGCAAGUUGUUCGAUAAAAUGUCUGAGAGGAAUGUGGAGACUUGGAACUUCAUGAUCUCGGGCUAUUCGAAUCUUGGACUGGUAGACCAAUCUAGGGAACUUUUCAAUUUGAUGCCUGUCAGAGAUAUUGUCUCAUGGAAUGCCAUGAUCACGGGGUGUGCCCGCACAGGUCGUUUCGAUGAAGUGAUUUCACUCUUUCAAGAGAUGCAGUAUGGCAAUGUGUGGCCGGACGAAUGCACUUUCGUGAAUGUGUUGUCAGCAUGUGCUCGAGUUGGAUCUCUGGGACAGGGCGAGUGGAUUCGAGCUUAUGUUGAUAAAAAUGGGAUCGAGAUCAAGGGGUUUUUAGCGACCGCGCUUGUCGACAUGUAUUCAAAGUGUGGAAGCAUAGAGAAGGCUUUGCAGGUGUUUAACAACACUUCUAAGAAGGAUGUUAGUACAUGGAAUGCAAUGAUAGAUGGUUUAAGUAGCCAUGGGUUAGGGGAGCAUGCAUUGAGGCUCUUUGAGGAGAUGCCAAGAAAUGGUUUGGUGCCCAAUGGUGUGACUUUUGUGAAUGUGCUCUCUGCUUGUAGCCAUGAGGGAUUGUUGAAUGAAGGCUGCCGGAUUUUCAAUGACAUGGCUCGGGUAUAUGGAAUUGAGCCAGAAAUAGAGCAUUAUGGGUGUAUGGUUGAUUUGCUUGGCCGAGCUGGGCUUUUGGUGGCGGCUGAGGAGCUCUUAAGGAGAGCACCAGUCAAGGAUGCACCAGUGCUUUGGAGGUCACUUUUGAGUGCUUGCAGGGAACAUGGGGAUCUUGAGUUGGCAGAGAUAGCAGCAAAGCAGCUCUUGGAGUUGAGUCCUUUUGAUAGCUCUUGUUACAUUCAAUUGUCGAAUGUUUAUGCAUUGUUGGGCAGAUGGGAGGAUGCAAGGAUGCUGAGGGAGAUGAUGAAGGUGCAGGGAGUUAAAAAGGAACCAGGUUGUAGCACAAUUGAAGUCGACGGAGCCAUUCAUGAGUUCUUUGUGGGCGAUUGACCAUAUCCUAAUACCAAGCUUAUCUAUAGCGAUACAUAACCUGGCUGUGCAAUGGAUUUGAGGUAUUCCGGGCUAUUUAUCAAAACUAACUAUUUUAGUGGGGGAUCCAAGCCUUUUCCAAGACAUACCAUUUAUGGGUGCACAAAUUUAACAUAGCUGCACAUCGAGUCCAUAAUUAGCUCAACCUUCUCUCUACCAGCCCAGGAUGGUGUAGAAGAUCAACCAUGCAUGCAGUGUUUGCAAUUGUAUAUGUGAGGUAAUCACACAAUGGUUAGUGUAUAUAUAUUCUGUUUUGAUAGCAUACAAGGUUAUUUUAUCCUUUCUGUAAUAAAUUCUAGAUGAAUUCAGUAAGUUAGUUGGCAAUAAUAUCAAAUAACAGCAGUGGAGGUCAUUUGAUACCUCUGCCAUUAUCUUUUUUAUAUAUUCUAGCUAGUUGAGAAUUGUAUUCUGAACAUUGUGUGAUCUUUGAUUUCGUUAGUUAAUGCAUUAUAGAGGGGCAUCUAUUGAUUCUUAUGAGUGAUAGGGAGGCCACAAGCAUCUUUUCCGAAAAGCACAUCUCCAGACAUUUUUAUGCCUUUCUUUACAUAUGCAAUGUAAGCAUGGUCAUAUUAUGGAUAUUCUCACAAUAAAAUAAAUUUCUCUCUGUAUAGUUUGUGAAUGUGUCAGACAACUUGUCCCAUUACUUGGUACAUGUUUAUGCUGACAAAAGAAUAAAUAACCUUUGAACAAAAUUGCAAUUAGCAUAUGUCUAAUUAGUUAAAGAUCUUGUUACAGAAAAGUACUAAACACACUGCAUCAAAAAUUCAGUUGAUUGCUAAUCCAAUCUUGGUAAUCAGCCAUUACCACUAAAUAAUUUGAUAAACAUGAAAGAGGUAUAGCAACAUUUUUAUUUGUUCAAAUUUUUAAAUUGAAAUUACAAUUUUUGAUAAUAAUUCAUUAUUUUGUAGGAAGAUAAAAAUACUGAGUUCAAUAAUUGCUUGAAGAGAUGUAUAGGAAGUGCGAAUACCUUUUUGAACAAAUCUUAGGACAUCAUACUUAGAAAGCAAACAACGUAUACGAUGAUAGUGCAUCUUUGGAAAAAAAAUGAAGAGAGCACUAGAGAUAUGGAAAAAGCUUUUAAAAGGAUAAAAACAAAGAAGAAAUGAUUUGUUUACUUUGGCAAUGACAUUGAUUAUCUUAUGUUUUUAUUAAUCAUGGUAGUUACAGUUACAGAGUGUCUUUUUAUUAGUUUGCAAUACCUCUUUUGAGGCUUAUUGGAAAGGAUAAGAAAUCUAUUACUUGGAUAACAUGGAUGAAUUUUAUAUUUUCUGUUUUUAUUGUGUAUGCUUUUUAUGAGAUGGUCAUACCCUGCAUGUAGUUAGGUUUUCUUGCUAAAUUAGAAAGAUGGUUUUCAUGUUAAUCUGGGAAUUUAUAUUUUGCAUGGGAGCUAUAUAUUUUGCCUCCUUUCAAGCUGCAACACUAAUGAUUUAGUAUCUAUGAAAGGAAAGAUUGGUUAGUCAUGAAGUUGUCUGAGAUGUAUCUUGAAAUUAUCAAUCAUCUAGAUAUGUUCCCUAUUCUUGUGCUCAUAGGUUUUUUAUAUAAUAAAUUGUAUAAAGAAGCUCUUAUGCCAUUCUUGUUCCCCUUUAGUG